AUGAUCCACCCACCAUCUUUCCAAAGCAACUACAACGCGUGGUGGACUAAACAGGACCAAGGCAGUUUGUCAGGCGAGACAAAUAUCUCCGAUGAAGAUUUGAAUUUCGGAUUGCUGGUGAUUCGAAUUUGCCUGAUCAGCGUCCAAUGCCUUCCACAUUCAAAGUUCCCCACCGACGGAAUAUUGAAGACGUCCCCACAUAACUUUGAACAAUGGCUCUAUUCAUUAGCCGACGAGAUUGACAAAUCAUUGCAGUCUAAGAGACCCUCUCUGGUGACCGUACAACAUCGCUUUUACCACGUUUGUUAUCUGAAGGCUCAUGCUAGGAUCCGAGAAUGCUGGUCUAUUCUCAGCGCGACAGUGAAGGAUGCACAUGAGAUUGGAUUACAUCUGAAAGAUCCAGGUAUCCCACUCACAGAGUUGGAGAUGGAAAUCCGCAGACGAACUUUUUGGACCCUAUACAUAUGGGACCGGUUCAUGUCUGCCUUUUUCGGACAUUGGCCACUCAUCCCCGAAGGAUAUUUCGAUAUCGAACCUCCGCAAGACAACCUCCAAGCUCUCACAAUAACUCCCUACGUCCUUACCCCAUUCACCGAUCGGGUAUUCGUCAUGAAACUAGCUCGGUUCGUAUCAGCAUUCAUGAGCCCUCCGUCCUGGCAACAGGACCGCGUCGAUUCCGUUGUGGUCGCAGACUUCUCACAACGGUUCCAACAAGUCAUCAUCGAUCAGCUACCCCACGCAUUUUGGUUAGAGAAUCCCGACACAACAUGGGAUUCUGUUGACUCCGCCCUACCCGGCAAGAGGGAGACGCUCCGCGUCUGUAUAUGGCUUACAAAAACCGCUCUCUACAAGGCCUUUGCCGACCCAUGCGGCAGUCUGCAGCAGCAGAAGAGUCCCGUAUUGAAGCAUGGAAGCGAUCUACUUGCGCUCGCUCAUCGCCGAACUUUGAUGGAUACAACGUGCAAGACCAUCUCAUCGAUUGGUAGCUUAUACAUGCUUAUUGGGGAUGAAGAAGCAGGUUCCACAGAGAAAUUAUUCUUCCUUCCUGUAUGCCUAGUUGAAGCACUCGCAAACCUGGGUGUAUGUUUACUGUCCAUCCAGGCGGAUGAGAGAGUUCUCACUGUAGAUGGUAUUCAGUCCGUUACGGACCCUGAUCUACCACGAAACUACUUAGCAUUCUUUGAGGGAUAUGGUUUGCUUUGUCGAUACAGUUCUCGACAUGCGAUCGCGAGAAAGGGCGCAAAUGUGCUUAAGGGUCUUCAUGAUACAUUGCGUGCUUCGAUCCCGGCCACUGAUAUACUCGAUACCCAUGGUGGAGGGACGCUGGGCACGGGGCCUCUUGUGGCGGGACCGGGAUACGGAGCGGGCCGGUUUCAGCUGGAACACGCAUUGGUUUCACUGCAUAGUCAAGGGGGAGAAGGUGAUGCAGGAGGUCGAGCGCGUACUUUCAUACCACUACCUGAAUGGUUACCGUCAUUCAUGGCAUCCCCGGGUCGAGCGUGGUUGUUUCAUGAUGAUGCGGCAUUUGGGGAUUUGAUGGCAUAG